AUGAUUAGGACGAUCAAGCCCAAGAACGCGCGUUCGAAAAGAGCUCUGGAUAAAAGACAGCCCAAAAUAGUUGAAAAUGUGAAGACGGCUUUGUUUGUUCCGGGAACGACUUCGAACAAAGCCCUUCAUGAUAUCUCCGUGGAUUUGGCUGCUCUAAAAAAGCCAGAUGUUAAACGGUUUACCAAAAAGAACGAAGUCCUACCAUUUGAAGACGCAUCGAAAUUAGAGUUUUUCAGCGAGAAGAAUGAUGCUUCUUUACUUGUUUUCAUGAGCAGCAACAAGAAGAGACCUAAUAAUUUAACCUUUGUGCGCACAUUUAAUUACAAAAUCUACGAUAUGGUCGAACUUCUUGUGCUGAACAACUAUAAGCUAUUGGAGGAGUUUAAGAAGGCGACAUUUCAAGUCGGUUUGAAGCCGAUGUUCGUUUUCAAUGGUCCAAUUUUUGAUACUCAUCCGCUUUUCAAACAGAUUAAAUCCCUAUUUUUGGACUUUUUCAGAGGAGAGGUUACCAAACUACAAGACGUCUCUGGACUACAACAUGUGAUUGCUGUGUCAGCAAUUGAAGAGGACGAUAAUGACGAAAGUAUUUCUAAGCUCCCUCUGGUUCAUUUCCGCGUAUACAAAUUAAAGACUUACAAGUCUGCUGAGCCAAAAUUGCCAAGAGUGGAGCUCGAAGAGACAGGUCCUAGACUUGACUUCAAAAUCGGUAGACAUCAAUACCCUGACCCUGAGAUGGAGAAGGAAGCACUCAAGGUGCCUAAGCAAUUGCAACCAACUCAAAAGAAGAACGUUGAUGUGGAUAGAAUGGGUGACAAGAUCGCCAAGGUUCACGUUGGUACCCAAGACCUGAGCAAACUACAGACCAGAAAGAUGAAAGGUCUAAAGAGCAAGUAUGAUCAGUUGAGUGACAGCGAAGACGAGGUUAGUGGGGAUGAAGAUGGAAUCAGCGAUGGUGAAGAAGAUGAGAUUAUCGAUUCCAGCGCUGACCAAGAAGAAGGAGACACCGAAUUUUUGGACGCCGAAGAGGAGCUGCCCGAAAGAAAGAAGAGAAGGGUUUAA